UUCCAACUCUGGGCCUUCCCAGCUCCCAAAGUCAAUACUGAGACCUGAGAUGUGUCCAGAGACACCCUGAAGAGGCUGAGGGACUGAGGAGCCCGGAGGCACCCACAGGAAGAUUCCUGAAGCUGACUUGGAGCCACAGAGGAUCUGCCUGUUAUUUGAGCAUCCUCCACUUCUUUGCCCAUUUGGAUCCCUGUUGCUAUGGAGACCACCAACGGGACCGAGACCUGGUACGAGAGCCUGCAUGCAGUGCUGAAGGCUCUAAAUGCCACUAUUCACAGCAACUUGCUCUGCCGGACAGGGCCAGACAGCCUGCCUGAGGGGCGGAGGGCCAACAUACCUGGCCGUGAUGACAACUCCUACAUGUACAUUCUCUUCGUCAUGUUUCUAUUUGCUGCCACCGUGGGCAGCCUCAUCCUGGGAUAUACCCGCUCCCGCAAAGUGGACAAGCGCAGUGACCCCUACCACGUGUACAUCAAGAACCGUGUGUCUAUGAUCUGAGGCUAGCGGGCCGGGAAGGGCAGCAUAUCAAGACACCAGAACUCAGUUAUGGACCACAUCAAGCCUCAGUGUCCCCAUCUGUAAGAUGAAUGAGAAACAGUUCUAAGGGAGAUCAUCAUUAGGGUGGGAGGAGAAGGGCUGGCAGACCUGGGCCUUAUGGAUAAAGACUUUUUUUCCCCCAGUAAGGGUAGACUUUAGACAAUGGGAGCCCCGUGAACAAAUAUAUAGAAGUAGCAAAAGAUAAUAACCAAUAAUUGGCCCAGUGGCUGGAGUACUGGGGUUUAGGGGCUAGAGGCUGGAGGAAGGAGAAAAGGAAAUUGUAGCAAUGGGAGAUGAAACAGGAAGAUGCACUGAGGACA